AUGUCAUACGAUUUAAAUGGAGCUGCAUUAGGUCCAGUAGCAGGAGUUGAGUCUGCAGAUGGUAACGAUUCAUACCAUCUUGUCGAUCCUUCUGACGUUUUUGUUGAUGAAUUUAGCAAUUAUCUUUACGUAGCUGACUCAGUUAAUAAUCGUAUACAACGAUUUAAAAUUGGAGAGAAGACAGGUGUUACUGUAGCAGGUGUUGAAAUUGGAUGUGAAGUCAACAUCCCAGUUGACGUAGUUAUAACGUCUAAUGGUGAUAUAUAUGCACUGGAACUAUUUAAAAACCGAAUCAUGAAAGUGACAAAUAAUUUCACGCCAAAAUGUGUUUGCAUCCUUGGAUGUCCAGAUUCACAGUCAUUCUAUAGUCCUGAUAGUUUUCAAUUUGAUACAAAUGGUAAUCUUUAUGUUAUAGAUUCCCAGCAACACACAGUAUUGAAGUUUAACAUUUCUUUGGACAACUGUGGUAUGUAG